AUGCACACCGAUGGCGGCAGUCUCCCCUGUAACCGCUCUCCAUCUAGCAGAUCAACCGAAACCGCCCACGCGAAUUACGAGCGGCAAGAAAGACAGAGUCCUCCUGCCUUAACCCCUCACUCACACCGCCUCCACUCCUCUCCCCUCCUUUAUAGCCAGCUUCCUCCCCGAUCGAGCUUCCUGUCCGCGGGCACCGAUCGACAGCCCCUCUCGUACGUGCUCAUGGCCAUGGAGACCGGCACGGCAGCGGCCGCUCAGUCCACACGCCGCCUUCUCCUCCCACUGGCAGUCUCUUUCCUCCUCUGCGCGCUCGCCGCCGGGACGAAGCCGCCGCCGUCGUCCUCGUCGUACAUCGUGUACCUCGGCGCCCACUCCCAUCGCGCCGGCGUCUCGACGGAGGAGGCGUCCACGUUGGCCACCGAGUCGCACUACGACCUCCUCGGCUCCGUCUUGGGCGACCGGGAGAAGGCGCGCGACGCCAUCUUCUACUCCUACACCAAGAACAUCAACGGCUUCGCCGCCAAGCUCGAGCCCGCCGUCGCCGCAGCGAUCGCCAAGCGGCCCGGCGUGGUCUCGGUGUUCCCGAACCGCGGCAUGAGGAUGCAGACGACGAGGUCGUGGGAGUUCAUGGGGCUCGAGAAGGCCGGCGUUGUCCCGCAGUGGUCGGCGUGGGAGGUGGCCAGGUACGGCAGGGACACCAUCAUCGGGAACCUCGACUCAGGCGUGUGGCCGGAGUCCCUGAGCUUCAACGACGGCCAAAUGGGGCCCAUCCCGGACACCUGGAAGGGGAUCUGCCAGAACCAGCACGACCCCAAGUUCAAAUGCAACAGCAAGCUCAUCGGCGCGCGCUACUUCAACAAGGGGUACGCGAUGGAGGCGGGCCACCCGCCCCCCGAUAGGCUGAACACGCCGCGGGACGAUGUCGGCCACGGCACGCACACGCUGGCCACGGCGGGCGGCUCCCAGGUCAAGGGCGCCUCCGCCUACGGCUACGGCAACGGCACGGCAAGGGGCGGUUCCCCGCGCGCGCGCGUGGCGGCGUACCGCGUCUGCUUCAACCCGCCCGUGAACGACGUCGAGUGCUUCGACGCCGACAUCCUGGCCGCCUUCGAGGCCGCCAUCGCCGACGGGGUGCACGUCAUCACGGCGUCCGUGGGCGGCGAGCAGAGGGACUUCUUCGAGGACACGGUCGCCAUCGGGUCGCUCCACGCCACCAAGGCCGGCAUCACUGUCGUCUGCUCCGCCACCAACAACGGCCCGGACUUCGGCACCGUCAGCAACCUCGCGCCGUGGGUGAUCACCGUCGCCGCCAGCACCACCGACAGGGCCUUCCCGGGUUACCUCAUCUUCAACCGCACCAGGGUGGAAGGGCAGAGCCUGUCGGAGACGUCGCUCCGGGGGAAAGGCUUCUACCCUUUGAUCAUCGCCACCGACGCCAUCGCCCGCGGCAGGACGGUCGAGGACGCUCAGGUGUGCAUGCUGGAUUCCCUGGACGCGGCCAAGGUGACGGGAAAGAUCGUGGUGUGCUGCGUGAGAGGAGGCGUCCGCAGGAUGGAGAAGGGCGAGGCCGUGCGCCGAGCCGGAGGGGUCGGGAUGGUCCUCGUCAACGACGAGGAAGGCGGGAGCAACGUCAUCGCCGACGCGCACGUUCUCCCGGCCCUGCACAUCAACUACACCGACGGGCUCGCGCUCAUGGCGUACAUCAAGUCCACCCCGUCUCCUCCUUCCGGAUUCAUCUCGAAGGCGACGACAAUCGUCGGCGCGAGGCCGGCGCCGGUCAUGGCCUCCUUCUCGUCGGUGGGGCCCAACGUCCUCAACCCGGAGAUCCUAAAGCCGGACGUCACCGCGCCGGGAGUGACCAUCAUCGCGCCGUGGAGCGGCAUGGCGUCGCCCUCGGACCGGCCCUGGGACCAGCGCCGCGUCGACUUCACCAUCCAGUCCGGCACGUCCAUGUCGUGCCCGCACGUCGCCGGCAUCGCCGGCCUCGUCAAGACCCUCCACCCCGACUGGAGCCCCGCCGCCAUCAAGUCGGCCAUCAUGACCACCGCGACGGACCUGGACCUGGAGCAGCGGCCAAUCCUGAAUCCCUUCCUGCAGCCGGCGACGCCCUUCAGCUAUGGCUCCGGCCACGUCUUCCCGGCCCGCGCGCUGGACCCGGGCCUCGUCUACGACGCCUCGUACCGCGACUACCUCAACUUCUUCUGCGCGCUCGGGUACAACGUGACGGCAAUGGGCAGGUUCAACGAGACGCGCUACGCGUGCCCGGCCGUCCCCGUCGCCGUGCGGGACCUCAACUACCCGUCCAUCACGCUGCCGGACCUCGCCGGCCUGACGACGGUGCGGCGCAGGGUCAGGAACGUGGGCGCGCCGAGGAGCACGUACACGGCCGCCGUCGUCAGAGAGCCGGAAGGGGUGCAGGUGACGGUGACGCCGACCACGCUGGCAUUCGGCGCCGUCGGCGAGGAGAAGGAGUUCCAGGUGAGCUUCGUGGCGAGGGUCCCCUUCGUGCCGGCGCCCAAGGGCGCCGGAGGGUACGGGUUCGGCGCCAUUGUCUGGUCCGACGGGCCAGGGAACCACCGGGUGCGGACUCCUCUGGCUAUCAGGAGGCGCAAGAUGUAG